AUGGCUGUUUGUGAACGGUGCGCUGCCAUCUAUCUCGACGAUGGGUGCUUCUACGCGCUUUCGAACAUUGGGCGCAUGGUGUUGUCCGCAUGUCCAGGCUGUCACUUCUUCCUCAAAGUCGUUCAGAGUUACGGCAACUCUAUCGAGGAGAUUGCGCCGGAGACACAGGUCUUCCUACUCCGGCCAGAGCUCGAAGAAAAUCUCGUCCAGGGCCUGUUCUUCACGAUGAAAGACUCGAGCUUUACGAUUCAGUACAAGUUUAAUCUCAGGAUGUGCCUCGAAACACCGUUCUGGAUCGACUACGAGCACGAAAAUACAAAGUAUCUCGGGCGACUGAUAUCUGAACACUCUGGCGGGGACGAGUGUCUUGAUUUAGCAAAGGCUUGGUUUGAGCGCUGCACCAAAUCGCAUGGCGCAGCGUGUUCGUUGGAGAAAGCGGUUGCGUUUCCGACCCGUCUCAUUUACAUCCCACGCGACGACCCUAGCCGAUUGAAGUUGUGCGUCACACAGGGUAUGCGAGGCCAGUAUGUUACCUUGAGCUACUGCUGGGGCAAGGGCAACUUUUUCAAGACGUUAUCCACCAACAUGGAGGAACUCCAAUCCAGCUUUGAAGCGGAGACGUUGCCAGAAACACUUCGUGAUGCUGUGCGACUCACUCACAGGAUGGGCUUUGAGUGGCUCUGGAUUGAUUCGCUCUGCAUCUUGCAGGACGAUUUCCCAGACUGGAGUCGAGAGUCGUCUCGCAUGGCGCAGAUAUAUGGCAACGCCGCCUUCACCAUCUGUGCAGACUCGACGCGUAGUACAGACGACGGCAUAUUCAGACAGCGAGAUGUGUUACAGUCGCAUCAAUUUGGUCGAGAUUCAGCUUUUCGCCUACAGGCCUUGUGCAAGCCGUGGGGAAACAUGCCCCAACACCCGCUCUACUCGCGAGGCUGGGCAUUUCAAGAACGCAUGCUGUCGUCGCGCAAUUUGCACUUUCUCAACGGCCAGAUUGCGUGGGAAUGUAACACGACGUUAUACAUGGAGGAGUUUAGGGCCCGAAUAAACCACCCAGCGGUACACUUCACCAAGAACCUGUUCACCAAAUACUUCCACCAGCAACGUCUGCCAGCCGGGACAGAGCCAGCGGAAGGGGCUUCAAUUCCGCGCAUUGCAGCCUGGAACUCGAUUGUUCAGGAGAUGGCCGUCCGCAUGUUCACAUUUGACUCUGACCGUCUUGCUGCUAUAUCUGGCAUGGCAUCAGCUUUGCAAAUCCCUGACAUGGGCACAUAUUUCGCUGGAGUCUGGUCGCGCAAUCCAUUCCUUUCGAUGGCUUGGUUUAUGCGCUUCCCGCAAUCCGUUCCGAAAUCUUACAAGGGCCCGUCGUGGAGUUGGGUGUGGACGCAGCGCCAGAUUGUCUGGCACGACGAUACCUGGUGCGAAGAUGAGCUAUUCAAAUCAGAGGCAAAUGCCGACUGGAAAUCUUGGGACGAGGCGUUUGGACCGCGACUGCUGGAGCAGAAGAUGAUCUACAAGGGAGUCGAUCCUAAAGGUGAGGUCUUGGAAGGGAGUCAUCUCGUCAUGACCGGAUACUGCCGGCCGAUCUAUGUGGCUGAGAUCCCAGACACCGACUCCGACGACAACUUCCAGGCGGUCGCGGGAAGUGUUAAAUUGCAGAAUGAAAGGGGGAGUAGAGUGUGCAUGGACGUGAAGAGAAACAAUUGGAACUCCGUGUCAUCAUUCAUCAAGGACUUCUCGGAUGCUGAAGCUGAGAUUGACGCCAAGAGUGUAAAGGAGUACUUGUGCGUCCAGAUUGUGCGGGAGUUGAAGCGUCGAGAUUGGAAUCCUAAAAUCUUGGCUUUGGUGCUUGAAGAGGUUGAUGACGCGAACGGGCAAGCAUUCAGGAGGGUUGGACUGUUGGAUCUGGAUGCGGAUGCUUCUGAGGAGCAAUGGGAGAAAAGGACGCUUAAGCUCGUAUAG